AUGGAGUUCCUCAGGAAACGCUGUCUCAUCUUAGAGCGAUGUGAAUCAACCACACCAGCAUUAUCUUCUUCUAAGCAAGCUUCUUCGAAGGCAGCACCUCCUACUAAGGCUUUCAAGAUUUCCGCAGCAGCCACCACAUCCACUGAAAUUACAUGUGAACUAUGUGGUGGGGAUCAUCCAAAUUUUAAAUGCAGCGCCUUCAAAAAUAUGAGCAUUGCGCAACGGUUGGCAAAGGUCAGAGAAGUUAGAGUCUGCUUCAACUGUUUGCGUAAGGGCCAUAUGAUCAGAGCAUGUCCGUCGCAACGAACGUGUGCCAAAUGCAAUCAGAAGCAUCACAGCAUGCUUCAUCAAGAUCAGCCGGAAAGUUUUGCACCACAUAAACCAAAGGAUAAGCCAGAGGAAAAGGCUGCAGAGCAUCAGGAAGCCACCAGCAGAAUGGAUCCAGAACCACAGGAGAAUGGAAGCGUAUCAGUGACCACAUCUUGCUUUGCUGGUGGACAACGCCGAACCAAACAGGUGCUUCUUCAAACUGCUGUGAUUGAUGUGAUCGAUGUACACGGCCGUCUACAUCCUUGUCGUACACUGUUGGACUCUGGUUCACAGGCGCACAUAUUGUCAGAAGCAAUGGCUAGAGUACUCGGCUUUCCAACUCUGAAAUGUAAUAUAACAGUAGUAGGUGCAAACGCAGUGAAGACACAAGUCAAAAAAGGGCUGAACCUGAAUUUCUCAUCAAGAUACUGUGAUCUUCAAGACAGUAUCACUUGCUUGAUUUCGGAUAAACCUACUGGAAUUAUACCAUCCGUAGCAAUCGACGUGUCAUCGUGGAGUAUCCCUCCAGAAUUGCAGCUUGCGGAUCCAGACUUUUUUAAGCCACGCGACAUCGAUUUGGUGCUGGCUUCGAACUAUGUAUGGGAUUUGAUUCGGACCAAAAAGGUGGUACUUGCGAAUGGUACUGCAUCAUUGCGAGAAACCGAUCUAGGUUGGAUCAUCACAGGUACAUUCGACCCGUACCAACAGGUGAGUGCCAAUAUUCUGCUAUCUAAUGUAACUAUGCAUGACGAUCUAUUGGACGAGCAAUUGGAAAGGUUUUGGUAUCUGGAGGAAGUGGUCGAGCGCCCAUCAUUUGACGCUGAAGAGCAAGAAGUUGAGCAGCAUUUCUUAGAAACGUAUUGCCGGGAUGAAUCCGGUCGAUUUGUGGUCCAAAUGCCGUUUCGGGAAACAGUCACGGAACUUGAAGACAAUCGAAGCCAAGCGAUUCUUUGCCUUAGAAAGGAAAUUGUCACGCAAUCCCGAACUACGAAAGCAAUAUUUUGA